AUGCUUUGGGGAAAUUUCACCUUCUAUGGAAAUUAAAAAUUCAGUAGAAGAAAACAAAUCAGAAAGAAACAUAAAAAAUUAUGGAAGGUCAGAAUCUGCACAAAGUAUCAGUUUGCCUGAAAAAACAGAAUUAUUGCAGUGUUCCUCUGAAUCUUUAACACAUAGCAAAAAGAAAAAUACCUUUGAACUAACAAAGCAUUCUGAAGAAGUAAAACCAGUACCAGAGUCAACUACUGUACCUCCUUUUGAAUCAUCCAAAGCAAAAGUAACUGUAUUUCCACAUACUUUUAAAGUGGUUUUUGUUGGAGAUAAUGCAGUAGGAAAAAGUAGCAUUCUUCAACGGAUUUUAAAAAAUAAUUAUACAGAAGUAUACAGGCCUACAACUGUACAAUCAUAUGAAAAGGAAAUAGAUGUAGAAGACAGGAAGAUAAAGUUGAAACUCUGGGACACGGCUGGAAAUGUGAAGUUGCAACGUGCAAUAUUGCCUUAUCUUUGUAAUACAGAUGCAGUUUUAAUAGUAUAUAGUGUUAUAGAAGAAGAUUCCAUUCAGAAUGUAAAAACUUGGAUUGAAAAUGUUAAGGAAAGAAAUCCAGACGAUACCAUAAUCCUUAUAAUUGGUACCAAGGUCGACCUAAGGAAGUCCGAGGAAGCAUUUGAAACAGCUGGAAAGCAGUUUACUACUGAAAACAAAGCAUUCUUUUUUGAAACCAGUGCAAAGACAGGUGAAGGUAUAGAAGAAAUAAUGAAUACUCUCUUAAGGUUGUUACUAUGUAAAUUUAAUAAAAGCGAAGAACUUUCAUGAAAGAAAAUGGAAUGCAUCAUUAGUCAUUCAAGAAAAAAAUCAGCAGCUCAAAAGUUACCUAUGUAUGAAAAUAAAAACAAUGCUGUAUAUUUUUUCAUUAUAUAUUUUCUCACUAUGUGUUAAAGAAGUUAUUAUUUUAUGUUUUAAUUCUAAUAAAAUGUGCAACUUUAUUCAGUAA